GUUCAUUGUCUUUGAUUUUCAUAAAAGUGUGACCUACGAGUUUGAGGUCUUUAUUUUAAAAUUUUGUGAAUAUAAUAAAUUAUAAUGGCUGCAAUUAGCUUAUUAAACCCUAAAGCCGAAUUUGCGAGAGCAGCUCAUGCUUUAGCUUUAAACAUAUCUGCUGCAAAAGGCAUUCAAGAUGUAAUGAAAACUAACCUCGGCCCUAAAGGCACCAUGAAAAUGUUAGUGUCCGGUGCGGGUGAUAUAAAGAUAACCAAGGACGGUAAUGUAUUGUUGCAUGAGAUGCAAAUUCAGCAUCCAACAGCGUCUCUCAUUGCACGAGCAUCAACAGCCCAGGAUGAUGCUACUGGAGAUGGUACAACAUCUACAGUAUUACUUAUCGGAGAGUUAUUGAAGCAAGCUGAAAUUUACAUUAGUGAAGGUUUGCAUCCUAGAAUAAUCACAGAAGGCUAUGAUUUAGCUCGCAACAAAGCAUUAGAAGUUUUGGAAUCAAUGAAAAUACCAAUUGAAAUUACCAGAGAGAGUUUGUUGGAUGUUGCACGCACAUCACUCAAAACUAAGGUACAUGCAAGUUUAGCAGAUGUGCUGACAGAUGCUUGUGUGGAUGCAGUGUUGGCUAUCAGAACAGCAGACAAGCCAGUAGACCUCCACAUGAUUGAGCUGAUGCAAAUGCAGCAUAAGACUGCUACUGAAACUACACUGGUUAAAGGUCUGGUGAUGGACCACGGCGCCCGUCACCCCGAUAUGCCGAAGCGUGUUGAAAACGCAUACAUCCUCACAUGCAAUGUCUCUCUUGAGUAUGAAAAGACAACUGUUAACUCCGGAUUCUUCUAUAAAAACGCAGAGGAGAGGGACAAGCUUGUUGCAGCUGAGAGAGAUUUCAUCGAUCAGAGGGUUAAGAAGAUUAUUGCUUUAAAGAAGAAGGUAUGUGAUGGCACUGACAAGACCUUUGUCGUCAUUAACCAGAAGGGUAUCGACCCUCUGUCAUUGGAUGCCUUCGCGAAGGAGGGCAUGAUCGCCCUCCGCAGAGCUAAACGGCGCAACAUGGAGCGCCUCGCGUUAGCUUGUGGAGGCUCCGCUAUGAACUCCGUAGAUGACCUCUCGGAAAGCUGUCUCGGAUAUGCCGGACUGGUCUAUGAACAUAUCCUUGGAGAAGAAAAGUACACUUUUGUUGAGGAAUGCAAAAACCCCCAGUCGGUUACAAUCCUCAUCAAAGGACCUAACAAGCACACUCUUAUUCAAAUCAAAGACGCGGUACGAGAUGGUCUUCGUGCAAUUAACAAUGCUAUCGAUGAUAAAGCGGUAGUAGCAGGCGCUGGUACUUUUGAAAUCAAAGCUAAUUUGGAAUUACAAAAGUACAAAGAUACAGUAAAAGGCAAAGCGCGUCUUGGAAUUCAAGCUUACGCUGAAGCAUUAUUAAUUAUACCUAAAAUGCUUGCGGUGAACUCCGGUUACGAUGCACAGGAUACCAUUGUUAAGUUGCAGGAGGAGUGCCGUCUUAGUCCGGAUGCGAUCGGUCUAGACUUGAGCACCGGUGAAGCGAUUAAACCUUGCGAUUUGGGUAUUUUAGAUAAUUAUAUCGUAAAGAAGCAGAUUCUCAACUCUUGCACUAUUAUCGCAAGUAACCUGCUACUUGUCGAUGAAAUUAUGAGAGCCGGUAUGAGUAGCCUCAAAGGUUGAUUCUAUAUGAUUUUUUUUAAUUCACAUUACCUUAUAUUACUUAUAUUUCAUUUAAUUUACUUUAGUAACAAUGUAACAAUAAGACUUGUGCAUUUCAUUUUCUUUAUCUAUGUAAUAGCUUAUGUGCCUACACAAAACUUUAAUAAAUUGCUUUAAUAACAA